AAAUUACGUCUGAAAAUUGGUGACAACCGAUUAUACUAUAUGUACGUUAUUAUUUUGACAAUAUUGCGGACUUGUUAAUAUUUUAGCGGGAUUAAAAUUUAUAUCGACGAAGAAAUUACUGAAAUUGUCGUUCAUCCCGCCGUAAACAAAUUGUUGCUCGUCGAAUCACGAAAAAAGCAUCAAGCAAUGUCAAUGAAUUUUCAUAGUCGUUCAAAUGCCUGUAUACUUCGCUUUUAUAGUUACCGUUAAGAUUUGUAUACUCUUCGGCAUACACAAAUUCUAUAAUACGAUCGGAAUGACGACGAUCCUGCAGAGUGAAUCACAGUUCUAUCAAGAUCAAACAUGACAUUGCUAAUGCUUGCAUGAUCGUAAAUAUAGAAACGAUGCAAUCUAAGACCCACUGUCCACAUUAUACGUACAUUGUGACGCGUAUUAGGCAUAAUAGAACUGCCGAUACUGACAGUAAGCGUCCAUGCAGCGAUCGUUGUAAAAUAACGUGAACCUGUCCACGAAACAGUAGCGAACCGUUUUCGAUGUUACGCGUUUUUGUCAUGACGAGUGGCGUUACUAACAUUGUCGGUAGCGAAGCGUGCGUUGCAGCCACAAACGAACGUAGCGAUGUAAGACGAAAGCGUCUUCUUGUGGUUGCUUGACCUCGUAUCUUGCCGUGUACGCUGAAUACCGGCGUAAAUAUAUCGACACCUUCGAUAAAUUACGUUUAUGCGACUCUGAGCUUUACAACUUGUAUAAAGGAAAAUAAUAACUAGAAGAUCGUCAAAUAAAAAUUACGUUCGUAUUGGGGGCGUAGCUCAGAUGGUAGAGCGCUCGCUUAGCAUGCGAGAGGUACCGGGAUCGAUACCCGGCGCCUCCAUAUUUCAGAACAUAUAUUAUUUGUUAAAUAAUAUAUCGUCUAAUUUUACUUUUUAUAUAUCAAAGCUUUCAAAUCUUUGUACACUUUAUUUUAUACAUUAAUAUUUUACCCCACAUUUUUGACGAACGACGAGAGACAAUUUCACGCAAAUACAUUCAGCGAUACAUUAAGCGAGUCAGUCAUACAGUAGUACUCAUCGUAUCGUACUAAUUUUUAAAAUCGUACCAAUUUUAUUCUCCGGGUAUCGAACAAAGCGUAUUGCCGCGAACAGCUUUCUUCUAUCUAUCUAAUCUUCUAUUUCGUGUACACAGAAAUAAAAUAAUAAAUGCUAAUUCACAUGGAAGAAAAUGUAGCGUAGAUACUGUAAUGAAAGUUCUUGUCAUCUGGGCAAUAUAAAUAUUCUUGACGCGAAAAAGCCUUAAUAAUGCAAAUAUAUUCAAUACCAUCUACUACGUUUUCAGCUCGCGAAACAAUGAAAGGUCAUUCCGCCAUUGCUGGUCAGGGAUGAAAAAGGAAAACGCUCGUACAUCGAUUCUGACGAGGUAUAAUUACUUUUUACCGAUAGAAUGUCGUGAGACGACAACGUUGACAACCACGUUUUCGUGCACGUUUCGUGAAUUUACACCGAAAGAAUGGAAACGUUAACGUAUUGUUGGCGAAUGUUUAAGCUUUGAAGAAAAUCUCGAGGUUGAAAACCAACAUCGGAGAGACGGAAGCGGAGGCAUGAACGACGCGCAUCGUCAAUCAAAAAGUCAAGCGAGGAAAAAACAAACGCAACCACGUUUCAAUCUUUUUCGAUUACUUUCACGGAUUCGCGUUCCGUUCGUUGGCUAAAGAAACGAACGAAAAAUGAACGACGCUGCUCAGAAAGGAGUAAAAGCACAGAAAUCAGCUACGGCAGGAGCAACUGGUUUGGACGAAUCUCACGGUUCGACGAAUCGUUCUUCCACGCAACAGGACGUAAUUAAGGAUUCGCGAUCGAUCGUGUUGCGGACCACAUCGAGUUCGGACGGAGACAAAGGUGCUGCGAAGAAAAAGGAUGGAGUUAACGAGUCCGCGGAGUUAACGCAAAGACUGUCAAGGACUGAGACUGUCAGACAAGAUGCCCGAAAAUUGAAGACUGCUACGCUUAAUCGAAUGGGGAAAAUGUUUAAGCAGCGCUCUCAAACACCUGUAGCGGAUAAAUCAUGCCUCGAUAUCGAUAGCGAUAUCAAUCCGGCUAAAACUAUGGAAAGCGAGGACGCAGCGAAAAAAGAGAAGAGCAACUCUUUAGGUAGAAUGCUGAAGCUAGUGGACAAAGAUGGGUCGCCGAAAAAAAUGUUCCAUCCUCGAGCUGGCUCUCUGAGCCGCAUGUUGCGUCGCAAUCCUAAUAACGAGGACAAUGAUGACAAAAAGCAUAUAGAAGAAAACGCACCGGGCAUUUUUUCAAGGAUGCUGAAUCAGUUGAGAGGACGACCACAAAGUGGAAAUGCUACGCUGGAGCCUAACUUAAAGACGCGCGACAAAAUAAGCUCGCUACCUCCAAAAGUGCCAUUAAAUUCAAGAACGGUUAAUUUAUCUUCGUCGACGUCCACUUCAUCGCCACAGACGCGAGUCACCGAAUCGCCGCAAAAAUUAUCAAAUUUUGAAUAUUCGAUUUAAGUCGCCGCCGUUCCAAGUAUCGAUACGCGAUAAAAAAACGCUAGUAAUUAACGCUUCGUUUGCUAUAUUACAAUUACAGUAGUAAUUAUAAUCGAUGUUAAACGUAUCUAGAUUCGUUGCAGCGUCGUCGUAUUUAACUCGUACAGUAACGAAGUUCACUCUCAUUUGUAUUUUUCAGAUACGACGGCACGUGAAACGAAACGAUCGAGUAUGGUGCAUUUAGAAAACGGAAGAAAAACAGACGAAUACAUUUACCUGUAUAAUUGUAACACAGAAUCGACGAGUAAAAAUUUUUGUCUCGUUCGGUGUUCGAGCUUUAGCGUUAUCGAAAAUCAAUCGACAGGUUGCGAAUGCAUGAUAUAUUAUGGAAAUCGUUUCGAUACGUGUAAACGCGACUGUAGAAUAAAGAAAAGAAAAGAAAACGACAAAACAAAGUUUACUUUACUCGUAUUUCAUUGCGUAGCAUUUUUUAGCACGUCAGUUUUAUUCGGACCGACGUAGACCAUUUUCCGUGUAGAACAAAUUUUUAUUCUUAUCUUUGCAUCGAAAUUACUUGGGCAUAUUCUUUUAUCUAAUUACACGCUUGGAAUAAGACUAAGAUUAUCCAACUAACGAGUUGAUCAAAGAAUUCCAACGCAUUCCAAAUUCGCGUAAUUUAAUCGAAAGAAAAUAAAACUCUCCUUAUUAACGUUCCUAUCGAUCGAACCUAAAUUUCAGAAUUCAGGCUCGUCUGCAGAUCGUAUCGGUCUCAGCAGGUCGUUGAAUUUUAAGAACGGCGGCGCAAACUUUUUGUUCAGCAGCUUGCUAUUACUUUACUUAUUAUUAUAUUUUAGUUGCUACGUAACAACGUUCUGUUCAUUAACAACAUUUAGCAACGUCCCCUUCUAAUUAAUACAAUUUCAAAUUAACGUAUUAAAAAAUCUUUCUCUUUCAUGAUCAAAUCCCUCCGUUUCCGAUUAUCGCUCUAAAGAAAGAGUAACGAUAAACGCGAUAUACCAGGAACAACGACGUCCAAAUAGAUCGGCAAAGAUCUCAAAGCAAAAUCCUCAUCCUGGAAGGAUGAAAGCAGGCGUUAUAUUUAAAUAUUUAAAGCAUAUUUAAGCUUAAAAAGAACUUAAAAAUAGACUUAGAAUCGGGAAAGGAUAGACGAUGUAUAUUUAUUGAAAAAACUAAGGAAAGAAAGAAACUUUAGUUUAUUGGAAGAACCAUAUUUAUUACGUACGCAUAUUUCGUCUUUCGUUUUGUUUCUGCGAGACAACCGGUGUCCCUUCGUACUCCGCACGCUGUACCAUUUCUUUAGAUACGGAUUAACGCGUUUUACUGGUAGCAUUACGACAAAAUUAUCACGAGAUAGUUUCACGAAUCCUAAAAGAAAUCGCACGAGUCGAUGAUUCGUAAAAUCAUCCCCAAGGAUCGGCUGUUUUGGCAGCUGGUACAAAAUUCUAUAUUUACAAAAGAAAGAACGUAGACCUACGUAGCUUACGUAAUUUCCUUUUUGCGCACGCAAAUCUCGCCGCUGCCGCCUCAAAAGGAAACCGUUAUAGCGGCACGUGCUCGAUGAAAAUCCGCGAAUUUUCACAUCUAAACAUAUACUUCGUUCCCACACGCAACAAAAGCUUCAUAUUUCGUACGUUGCUGCGAUUAAACUUCCUGUAUUCUUUUCUUAUUUAACCCCUUGCCUUACGAUUUCUUAGUAGCUACUUACGCGAGUAGUCAGCUAUUCGCUGCUAUAACAUCGAAACGUUAUACAUGUACUCGGAUGUAUAAUCCGCGUUUAACCUUCUUUGCGCGUAAAAUGAAAAAGUCAAUCUUCGAUUUAAUCGAUUUCUCAUCCAAACUCAACAACCGGCAUUUAACGGAUACUAUUGGUACUGCUUUGGAUCGUAUUGAGUAAAGAAGACACGAUGUAUCAAUGACAACGACAACGAUGUAAUAAUGUGCAGUUUUAUCGAAAAUAAAUACAUUUAUCGUUGAUCAUUAAUUAAUGAAUAACUCGUGGAAAUAACUAGUUAAUUAAUAAGUACACGCGACAACGCAUUCGAUAUUAAAAGUAUGAAUUGGAUCGAGCGUGACUUAAAAUGUGAUAAGGCAAAGAGUUUAAUAGGUUUAUGUUAUAAUAUGUAUAAAAAUACAUAUUACGACAAAAUAGAAUUAGUAUAUUACCAAAGUAUACGUUUUUAACCGAUAUUUCUGUACAAAUAUUUGUGUAGAAGCAAAUAUUUCUGUACAAGCGAUCGUACUCGAAAAUCGUUCGUUUCAACGAUUUAACGACGAAUGAUCCAUUCAAGAAUAAAAUAUAAUUUACUUUCGUGCAGCUGCGUUAUAGAAACGAUCGAUUUGAAAUAAAGACAACAUUACUACCAUCAGAGCUGAUCUACGAGCAUCGUGUGAAUCCUUUAAUUCGUUUAUAAUAAUUUUAGUUACAACCAUAAGGGAUCUGUUUUUAGCUUGCCUUUUAUAAUCUUCGUUCGAAAAGAUCGGUUUGUCUGAGAGAUUUUACCGAUUCUUUCACAGUUUCGUCUUGAACGGUAACAUAAUUUCAAUAGACUAGCUAUACAUCGUCUAACGUCUUCAACUUAAUCGCGGACACAGUUAUUUAAGCACGUUUCAUGGUAUUUAACGGAUCUGUGAUUUGUGCGCGCUGUUUAAAAAAUAUAAACGUACAUAUAUAUAUAUAUAUCUUUCCAUCCUAUCCUAAUUAUCAUACUAUGUACAACAGUGAUAAUGCGCGUUAUCGUAUCAUAUUUAUUAUACAACCGCGUCGUUCUCUUACACCGUACACUUGGAUAUUUAUCGAUCGACUAAAAAGUAAUUGGCACGAAUCGAUGAUCGAUCGAACAUUAUUUAUCAUCGUUAUUAAUCAUCCGUGUAAACCAAAACAUCUUUCCAACACACAACUGCAUAGAAUGUUGCAUACUCGGCCGACAGUUACGAUUUAUCACAGAAUAACACAUUCAUUGUAUCAACGACAACGCAAUUUUCACACCGGAUAUCCCUGUGCUCGAUCUUCUUAAUGGUUAGCUGGUGUCCCUUGACCAAUUGUGUACGAACGAGAAAAAUGUUUUCUUCCGACGGAGAUUAGAAACAUUGGAAUCGAGCACCGUAAAAACGAAAAUAAUUUCAAUUCGAUUGAUGGCCAGUACCUUUAGACCGUGAUAUGUCUUGGAAAUAUGGCUACGAGAUGCUUCGAAAAUCUUGCACCUCGCACCGUCCAUCCUCUAAUUAAUCUCGGUAUAUAGAAACAUUUGACAGGUCUAUGAAUUUUGUUCCAAUGAAAUUCUUAUUUAUUUUCGUCGAAUCGCUCGAUAAAUUUCGUCCACUUGCAAGUAAAUCUAUUUCAAUGAAAAUAUUAAUUACGAUAAAUAAAAAUUAAGUUGCAUAUUUUUAGAAUUCGCGCAAGCGCGGUAUUUACAUUUUGAUAUUUUUGAAACGGUAAUCGCGAUAAACGGUAAAACAGCGAUAAGAGAAUAUUUCAAAUACGAUGCUUGUGCAAUUAAACAGACAAAAUUUAUCCAACGAUUUUUCCUUAUUUCUCUCGUACAAAAAUAAUACGAUAUAACGCAAUAUAACAACGAAACGUUAAACGCUUUAGUAUAGAGUAAUCGAGAUAUACGAGAUAUACAUAUACAUAGAUCGUUCUUAUGUUACAUUGUGACGGUGGUAUCUACACACUCGCACGGGCAAUCGCCGAAUUUUUCAAUCGCUCGUGCAUUACGUUGCAAAUAUACUGACAACCUGAACGGAUGAAACCGAUUCACGAUUUUUCCCAAGCUGAUCCAAUGAAAGCGAUACACCGACAUUUAGUUUGAAUUGUUAACAGUAACGAAGCGUGUAAUCCUUUCCACAAGCGAUACGAUAUCUCCUUUGAAUCGGAGAUAUAAUAUAGUGCAAAUAUAUAUGUACAUACAUACAUACAUACAUACAUACAUACAUACAUACAUAUAGCCAAUAAUCUUUAAUAAAAGAUUGCGAUAUAAUAAUUACUGUACAAGUUAAUCAAAUUUGUUUGUCAAAUAAUUGCCUAAUUAACUUUUAUCACAUGUAAUGGAAAAUUUUACGCGAAUACGUGCACGUUUCAAUGGAAACCGAAUUUCAAUCAGUUCGCAAAUAUUAUGAUCCGCUUUCCUCUGUUAUCACGUUAAACGCUAACUAAAGUCGUAUUAACGAUAUAGGAUUCGAUAACGACGAAGAUUUGUAAAUUUAUCCCAACGUAAAAGCGGUAAAAUAUUAUUAGCAAAAUUGAUUUAUUCGAAAUUCGUUACGUUAUACCUUUAAUUUCGUAAUAUACGUCACGUAUUUUUUAUUUAGUUUAAUACAUGGAAAUAAUUAUUACGUUACAGGCUUUCCGAUAUCCUAAGAAGAAACAAAAUAAUAUCCUUUGCUUCGAUUUUUAUCUUACCAUAUUUACACGAAGAUUUCUUUGUAAAUCGAUAAUGUUAUCACAUUAGAAUUUUACUGAAAUGUGAAAAUUAUAAUGUUCCCAUAAGAAACGAGUCUAGAGAGAGAGAGAGAGAGAGAGAGAGAGAGAGAGAGAGAGAGAGACAGACAGACAGACAGACAGA